AUGUACAUUCAUAUCAAAUUGCUCGAGCAUUGACAAUAUACGUAUCAGUCCCAAAAAUAUCGUUACAUUAAAAAAAUUAAUUUUGAUACAUGACCGACAGAUAUAUAUACACAAAUAUAAUAAGUAACGAUGUAUCGAUUGAAUUUUUAACCUAAUUAUACAGUUUAAAUAUCACUACCCAGCGUUUCAUACACGCGCUAUGGGACUUGCAAUGAAGAAGAAUGGGUUGCGUCCAGCGUAGCGUAUUCCCCUCAAAUGGCAAGAAAUAAUAGACACCUAAGUACGUAUGCACCUUCGUGGCAAGUCAGUCGCUACUCGUACUUACUGUACUGGAUACAACUGGAUACGGUGACAUGGCGGAGGGUUUGGAAUUGAAUUUCUUUGACUUGAGGCUAGUCCAUGAUCAUUUUGAUCGUGCUCUUUUACAAGACGAUGAUAUUGACCUCAAAGCCUACUUGGAUGCUUACAAUGAACUGUACAAAUUUUUUCAACUGAUGGGCAGUGUGUUUAGCUUUGUAUCUAAUGAUUUAAAGCAAAAAAUCGAGAUACUAAUCGAGUUGGUAAGCAAAGACAAUCAGAAUUACACUACUGUCAAGUCUAUGAUAAUAUAUGAGAAGGAGAAUAAUAUUCUUGGCAAUGGAGACUACACAAAUGGAGCACGUACCCUGUUGAGACUUCAUAGAGGUUUAGAUUUUAUAAGAGAAUUUCUUAGACGGCUAAGUGACCUUUCGGACACCGAAAAGACAUCUAGUUGUUGCCAGGAUGCAUACAAUAAAACUUUAGCCAAACAUCAUCCAUGGGUGAUUAGAAAAGCAGCGGUGGUUGCUAUGUACACGAUGCCCACUAGGGAACUCUUAUUUAAAAAGGUUUGCGGAGCAGAUGUCCAAAGAAAUGUCGAUGUCUUACCAAAAAUGUUAGAAGUAACAGCUGAUGUGUUCAACCGUACCCAUAAUCUUUAUGAAAUUCACGAACUUCACACUCUGCCAUAAAAUAAAAAUUAGGUAUCAACGAAUGAAAAUGCUGCACUUGCUUGUUCGAGCUAUUUGGAAGAGCACACAACCUAACCAUUCCGUGUUUGAAAUGUGAUAAGCAACAAUACCAUAUUAGGAAAAAAACAUUGUCAACGCUUUGUGAUAUACUGUUACUUACAUUAUAUUCACUUUUAUUUAUAAGUAAGGAAAAUGUACAAAAUGCACUAGUUUAGGAUCCCGUACUUUCUAUUAUAGUAUUCGUCAUUUAUUUUUAGUUAGUACAUGUAAUUCGAAAAAUCGGUUUGCUCAAUGACUCGGGGUGUAUUUAUCUUUUCAAUCUUUUUAUUAUAAAAUAAUAUUGUAUAAUAAUAUUAAUGGAUAUUAGCGAA